AGGUACAUGUGUUCGCUGCAGAGACAUUCCUAACAGCGUGUUGAUGCAUAUUUGUGUCUCGUCCUUUUUCUUGCAGAUUUCUAACCAGCAUAAUGCUGGAGCGAGAGGCUGGCAGCGGGCAGUUUGCAAAAUGGCCGAGUUGGACGCCAAUUUGGAUCACAUCAUUCCAUCUUCGGUUCUUCCGCCUUUCUGGGCUAAGUUAGUGGUGGGAUUUGUUUCCCUCGUGUGUUUUGCACGUAGCUACGAUGGAGAUUUUGUCUUUGAUGACUCUGAAGCUAUUAUUAACAAUAAGGACCUCCGAGCAGAGACGCCCCUCGGGGACCUGUGGCAUCAUGACUUCUGGGGCAGUAGGCUGAGCAGCAACACCAGCCACAAGUCCUACCGCCCUCUGACCAUCCUGACUUUCAGGAUUAACUACUAUUUGUGUGGCGGCUUCCACCCCGUGAGUUUCCACGUGAUCAACAUCCUCCUGCAUGGUGGCAUUUCUGUCCUCAUGGUGGACGUCUUCUCCGUGCUGUUUGGCGGCCUGCAGUACACCCGUAAAGGCCGGAGGUUGAACCUGGCGCCCAGGUCGUCCCUGCUGGCCGCUCUGCUUUUCGCCACGCAUCCGGUGCACACGGAGUGUGUUGCUGGUGUUGUCGGCCGCGCAGACCUCCUGGGGGCCUUGUUCUUUCUGUUAUCUUUCCUUGGCUACUGUAAAGCAUUUAGAGAAAUCCAACAGAGCAGAGCGGCUGAUACUAAAGGACAUUCAGCAGGUAACAAGGAGGGAACACAUUCUACAUUCUGGGUGUUGCUGAGUAUCCUUCUGGGAGCAGUAGCCAUGCUGUGCAAAGAGCAAGGGAUCACCGUGCUGGGUUUGAAUGCCGUCUUUGACAUCUUGGUGAUAGGCAAAUUAAAUGUUCUGGAAAUGGUCCAGAAGGCACUACAUAAAGACAAAUCAUUCGAGAACAUUGCUGUGCUCAGGAACGGGGGCUUCCUCUUCAGAAUGGCCCUCCUGGCCUCGGGGGGCGCAGGGGUGCUCUACGUGCGCUGGAAGAUCAUGGGCACCGGCCCGCCAGCAUUCACCGAGGUGGACAACCCCGCCUCCUUCGCCGACAGCGUGUUGGUCAGGGCCAUAAACUAUAAUUACUACUACGCACUGAAUGCCUGGCUGCUUCUGUGCCCUUGGUGGCUGUGUUUUGAUUGGUCAAUGGGCUGCAUCCCCCUCAUUAAGUCAGCCGGAGACUGGAGGGUAACUGCACCAGCGGCUCUCUGGUUGUGCCUAAUUGGCCUAAUAUGCCAAGCCCUGUGCUCUGAGGACAGCCACAGAAGAAGGAUCCUUACACUGGGACUGGGAUUUCUCAUUAUCCCAUUUCUUCCUGCAAGUAACUUGUUCUUCCGAGUGGGCUUUGUGGUUGCAGAGAGAGUCCUAUACCUCCCCAGUGCUGGGUACUGCAUGCUGCUGACUUUCGGAUUCGGAGCUCUCAGUAAACACACUAAGAAAAAGAAAUUGAUUGCUGCUGUCGUGCUGGGAAUUUUAUUCAUCAACAUGCUGAGGUGCAUGAUUCGCAGUGGCGAGUGGCGGAACGAAGAACAGCUUUUCAGAAGUGCCCUGUCUGUGUGUCCUCUCAAUGCCAAGGUUCACUACAAUGUGGGCAAGAACCUGGCCGACAAAGGCAAUCAGACAGCCGCCAUCAGAUACUACCGGGAAGCCGUGAGACUAAAUCCCAAGUACGUUCAUGCCAUGAAUAAUCUUGGAAACAUCCUAAAAGAGAGGAAUGAGCUGCAGGAAGCCGAAGAGCUGCUCUCGUUGGCUGUGCAAAUACAGCCAGACUUCGCUGCCGCCUGGAUGAAUUUAGGCAUAGUUCAGAACAGCCUGAAACGGUUCGAAGCCGCCGAGCGGAGUUACCGGACAGCAAUCAAACACAGAAGGAAGUACCCAGAUUGUUACUACAACCUCGGGCGGCUGUAUGCAGAUCUGAAUCGCCACGUGGAUGCCCUGAAUGCGUGGAGAAACGCGACUGUGCUGAAGCCAGAACACAGUUUGGCUUGGAACAACAUGAUUAUCCUCCUCGAUAACACAGGUAAUUUAGCCCAAGCCGAAGCAGUUGGAAGAGAGGCACUGGAAUUAAUACCUAAUGAUCACUCUCUGAUGUUCUCGUUGGCAAAUGUGCUGGGCAAGUCCCAGAAAUACAAGGAAUCUGAAGCUUUAUUCCUCAAAGCAAUUAAAGCUCAUCCAAAUGCUGCAAGUUACCAUGGCAAUUUGGCUGUGCUUUAUCAUCGUUGGGGACAUCUCGACUUGGCCAAAAAACACUAUGAAAUCUCUCUGCAGCUUGACCCCACUGCAUCAGGAACUAAGGAGAAUUAUGGUCUGUUAAGAAGAAAGCUGGAGCAAAUGCAAAAGAAAGACGUCUGAUCCUUUUUUCCUGCAUUUUUUGUUUGUGUGCAUGAGGCCUAUGAUUAACAUGAUGUGGUUAUGUUUGACCAUUUAAAAGUCUUUAGUUGUUUAUUUUA